GAUUUGCAGAGCACAGAGUGUUUCAUUCUCAGUCUGUAAUGGGACGAGGCAACACUGUAGCGGAGUCGCUGCGAUCUCUGUAGCCGGAGUGGGAUGCAAGGGAACACUGAGCCUAUGCCGGGAUACCGUGUAAUGCUAUUGGACCCGGGAUUGUACUGAUUGGAUCCUUCAGCUUUAGGCUCUUCUCCCCCCAGUCCUGGGAUCCGUCGGAUCUAUGUUCCUAUAGAGAGAAAAUGUAUCGGAUCGGGCUGCUUGUUCUGAUCUGGUCCUUGCUCGGACUCGCUCAAGGGCUGCGAUGCACUCAGACUGCGGAAAUGUGCCUGAACGGCGGGAGGUGCGAAAUGACCCCGGGCGGAACUGGGGUGUGUCUAUGCAGCAGUUCGUAUUUCGGGGAGCGGUGCCAGUACCCCAAUCCCUGCGCCCUGAAGAACCAGUGUAUGAACUUUGGGACCUGUGAGCCGGUGCUGCUGGGAAACGCCAUCGACUUUACCUGCCACUGCCCCGUGGGCUUCACCGACAAGGUGUGCCUGACCCCCGUGGAUAACGCCUGCGUCAACAACCCGUGCCGCAACGGGGGAACCUGCGAGCUUCUGAGCAGCGUGAGCGAUUACAGAUGCAGAUGCCCCCCGGGAUGGACGGGUGACUCGUGCCAGCAGGCAGAUCCCUGUGCCUCCAAUCCCUGUGCCAAUGGCGGCAAGUGUUUGCCCUUCGAGACCCAGUAUAUCUGCAAGUGCCCCUCUGGGUUCCACGGCGCCACCUGCAAGCAGGACAUUAACGAGUGCAGCCAGAAUCCCUGCCGGAACGGCGGGCAGUGCCUUAAUGAGUUUGGGUCGUACCGCUGCAACUGCCAGAACCGCUUCACUGGGAGGAACUGCGAGGAACCGUAUGUCCCCUGCAACCCGUCGCCGUGCCUGAAUGGGGGGACCUGCCGGCAGACCGACGACACCUCCUAUGAGUGCACUUGUCUUCCAGGCUUUAGCGGACAGAACUGUGAAGAGAACAUAGACGACUGCCCUAGCAACAACUGCCGCAAUGGCGGGACCUGCGUCGAUGGAGUCAACACAUACAACUGCCAGUGCCCACCAGACUGGACGGGCCAGUACUGCACAGAAGAUGUGGACGAGUGCCAACUGAUGCCAAACGCUUGCCAAAACGGGGGGACCUGCCACAACACCUACGGCGGCUACAACUGCGUCUGCGUCAACGGAUGGACCGGAGAGGACUGCAGCGAGAACAUCGACGACUGCGCCAACGCUGCCUGCCACAGUGGCGCCACCUGUCACGACCGCGUGGCCUCCUUCUUCUGCGAGUGCCCCCAUGGCCGGACAGGUCUCCUUUGCCACCUGGAUAAUGCCUGUAUCAGCAACCCCUGCAACGAGGGCUCCAACUGUGACACCAACCCAGUCAACGGGAAGGCCAUCUGUACCUGCCCACCGGGGUACACCGGCCCGGCUUGCAACAAUGACGUGGAUGAGUGCUCUCUAGGUGCCAAUCCGUGCGAGCAUGGCGGAAGAUGUACCAACACCCUGGGCUCUUUCCAGUGCAACUGCCCUCAGGGGUACGCCGGACCCCGCUGCGAGAUCGACGUCAAUGAAUGUCUCUCCAACCCGUGCCAAAAUGACGCCACGUGCCUGGACCAGAUCGGAGAGUUCCAGUGUAUAUGCAUGCCAGGUUACGAAGGGCUUUACUGUGAGACCAACAUAGACGAAUGUGCCAGCAAUCCGUGCCUACAUAACGGCAAGUGCGUGGAUAAAAUCAACGAGUUCCACUGCGAGUGUCCCACAGGCUUCAACGGGAACCUCUGCCAACACGACGUGGACGAAUGUGCCAGCACCCCGUGCAAAAACGGUGCCAAAUGCCUGGACGGCCCCAAUUCCUACACCUGCCAAUGUACAGAAGGUUUCACCGGGCGCCACUGUGAACAAGACAUCAACGAAUGCAUUCCCGAUCCGUGCCACUACGGCACCUGUAAAGACGGCAUCGCUACCUUCACAUGCCUGUGCCGGCCUGGCUACACCGGGCGGCUGUGUGACAAUGACAUAAACGAGUGCCUGAGUCAGCCGUGCCAAAAUGGGGGUCAGUGUACGGACAGAGAGAACGGCUACAUAUGCACUUGCCCGAAGGGAACCACAGGGGUGAAUUGUGAAACCAAUCUAGACGACUGUGCCAGUAACCCGUGCGAUUAUGGAAAGUGCAUCGACAAGAUCGACGGCUACGAGUGCACCUGUGAGCCCGGCUACACAGGCAAGAUGUGCAAUAUUAACAUUGAUGAAUGUGCCAGCAACCCGUGCCGCAACGGAGGGACAUGCAAAGACAAGAUCAACGGCUUCACGUGUGUGUGCCCAGAUGGCUACCACGACCACAUGUGCCUGUCUGAAGUGAAUGAGUGCAACAGCAACCCGUGUAUCCAUGGGACGUGCCAUGAUGGGAUCAAUGGGUACAAAUGCGACUGUGAUGCAGGGUGGAGCGGUAGCAAUUGUGACGUCAACAACAACGAAUGUGAAUCCAACCCGUGUAUGAAUGGCGGUACCUGCAAAGACAUGACGGGGGCGUACAUCUGUACCUGCAGAGCAGGAUUUAGUGGGCCAAACUGCCAAACCAACAUCAAUGAAUGUGCCUCCAACCCCUGCUUGAACCGCGGCACGUGUAUCGACGAUGUUGCUGGUUACAAAUGCAACUGUAUGCUGCCUUAUACAGGUGCCAUUUGUGAGGCCGUUUUGGCUCCGUGUUCUGGCAGCCCCUGUAAAAAUGGCGGCAGAUGUAAAGAAUCGGAAGAUUAUGAAACCUUCUCUUGCGAGUGUCCCCCCGGGUGGCAAGGGCAAACGUGCGAGAUCGACAUGAACGAAUGCGUCAAUCGCCCAUGCCGGAAUGGCGCAAUGUGCCAGAACACCAACGGCAGUUAUAAGUGCAACUGCAAACCUGGUUACGCGGGGCGGCACUGCGAGACGGACAUCGACGACUGCCAACCGAAUCCUUGUCACAACGGCGGGUCCUGUUCCGACGGCAUCAACAUGUUCUUCUGCAACUGCCCGGCCGGGUUCCGAGGGCCCAAGUGCGAAGAGGACAUCAACGAGUGUGCCAGCAACCCGUGCAAAAAUGGCGCCAACUGCACCGAUUGUGUCAACAGCUACACGUGUACCUGCCAGCCUGGGUUUAGCGGCAUCCACUGCGAGAAUAACACCCCCGACUGCACGGAGAGCUCUUGUUUUAAUGGCGGAACCUGCAUCGAUGGGAUCAAUACAUUUAGCUGCCAGUGCCCGCCAGGAUUCACCGGAAACUACUGCCAGCACGAUAUCAACGAAUGCGACUCUAAGCCUUGUCUGAAUGGGGGCACCUGUCAGGACAGCUAUGGGGCGUAUAAGUGCACCUGUCCCCAAGGGUACACAGGACUCAACUGCCAGAACCUGGUGCGCUGGUGCGACUCCUCUCCCUGUAAGAACGGAGGAAAGUGCUGGCAGACCAACAAUUUCUACCGGUGUGAGUGCAAGAGCGGCUGGACCGGCGUUUACUGCGAUGUCCCCAGUGUCUCCUGCGAGGUGGCUGCUAAGCAGCAAGGCGUGGAUAUCGCCCACCUGUGCCGCAAUUCGGGAAUGUGCGUGGACACAGGGAACACCCACUUCUGCCGCUGCCAGGCCGGCUACACGGGCAGUUACUGCGAGGAACAGGUGGACGAAUGCUCGCCCAAUCCCUGCCAGAACGGCGCCACGUGCACAGAUUACCUGGGCGGCUACUCGUGCGAGUGUGUGGCCGGCUACCACGGGGUUAACUGCUCGGAGGAAAUCAACGAGUGUUUGUCCCACCCAUGCCACAAUGGCGGGACCUGUAUUGAUCUCAUUAACACCUACAAAUGUUCCUGCCCCCGAGGAACUCAAGGUGUGCACUGUGAAAUCAACGUGGACGACUGCACCCCCUUCUACGACUCCGUCAGCUUGGAACCCAAGUGCUUCAACAACGGCAAAUGUAUCGACCGCGUGGGCGGCUACAACUGCAUCUGCCCCCCGGGCUUCGUGGGCGAACGCUGCGAAGGCGACGUGAACGAGUGCUUAUCCAAUCCCUGCGACCCCCGCGGGACCCAGAAUUGCAUCCAGCUGGUGAACGAUUACCGGUGCGAGUGCCGGCAGGGAUUCACAGGAAGGCGCUGCGACUCUGUCGUGGACGGUUGCAAGGGGUUGCCCUGCAGAAACGGUGGAACGUGUGCCGUCGCCAGCAAUACCGAGCGCGGAUUUAUCUGCAAAUGCCCUCCUGGGUUCGACGGAGCCACUUGCGAAUACGACGCCCGGACCUGCGGUAACCUGCGCUGCCAGAACGGCGGCACAUGUAUCUCGGUGCUGAAGAGCUCCAAAUGCGUAUGCUCGGAAGGAUACACCGGCGCCACGUGUCAGUACCCCGUCGUCAGCCCGUGCGCGUCCCGCCCUUGUUACAACGGAGGGACCUGCCAAUUCUCCCCCGAGGAACCUUUCUUCCAGUGCUUCUGCCCCACGAACUUCAACGGCCUCUUCUGCCACAUCUUGGAUUACGGCUUCAUCGGAGGCCUGGGCAAGAACAUCACCCCUCCCGACAACGAGGAAAUCUGCGAGAAUGAGCAGUGCGCCGAGCUGGCCGACAACAAGAUCUGCAACGCCAACUGCAACAACCACGCCUGCGGGUGGGACGGCGGCGACUGCUCGCUCAACUUCAACGACCCCUGGAAGAACUGCACCCAGUCGCUGCAGUGCUGGAAAUACUUCAACGACGGCAAAUGCGACUCGCAGUGCAACAACUCCGGCUGCCUGUACGACGGCUUCGACUGCCAGAAAGUGGAGGUUCAGUGCAACCCUUUGUACGACCAGUAUUGCAGGGAUCACUUUCAAGACGGCCAUUGCGACCAAGGCUGUAACAACGCAGAGUGCGAAUGGGACGGCCUGGACUGUGACAACAUGCCGGAGAACCUGGCCGAAGGCACCCUGUUGAUAGUCGUCCUGAUGCCCCCCGAAAAGCUGAAGAACAACUCCGUCAACUUCCUCCGAGAGCUGAGCCGAGUGCUCCACACCAACGUGGUGUUCAAGAAAGACAGCAAAGGCGAAUACAAGAUCUACCCUUACUAUGGCAACGAGGAGGAGCUGAAGAAACAUCACAUCAAGAAGAGGUCGGCGGCUUCCUGGUCGGAUGCUCCUACCGCCAUCUUCAGUACCAUGAAGGAGUCCGUCUUACCAGGAAGGCGCCGUAGGGAGUUGGACCAAAUGGAAGUCAGGGGGUCAAUCGUAUACUUAGAAAUAGACAACCGCCAGUGCUACAAAUCCUCCUCCCAGUGCUUCACCAGCGCCACCGACGUGGCCGCCUUCCUCGGGGCUUUGGCCACCCAUGGCAAUCUGAACAUCCCCUAUAAGAUCGAGGCUGUGAAAAGUGAGAUAGUCGAGACCGCCAAGCCGCCGCCGCCGCUUUAUGCCAUGUUUUCCAUGUUGGUCAUCCCGUUGCUGAUCAUCUUCGUCAUCAUGGUGGUCAUCGUGAAUAAGAAGCGGCGCCGCGAACACGGGCAGCUGUGGUUCCCCGAAGGCUUCAUUCCGAAAGAGCCCAGCAAGAAGAAGCGGCGAGAGCCCCUCGGGGAGGAUUCCGUCGGCUUAAAACCCCUAAAGAACUUGACGGACGGCUCUUUUAUGGACGACAAUCAGAACGAAUGGGGAGACGAGGAGACCCUGGAAAACAAGAGGUUCAGGUUUGAAGAGCAAGUGAUGCUCCCGGAGCUUGUUGAUGACCAAACUGACCACCGACAGUGGACACAGCAGCACCUCGACGCCGCCGACCUGCGCAUUCCAUCCAUGGCCCCCACACCGCCGCAGGGAGAGAUUGAUGCUGACUGCAUGGACGUCAAUGUUCGUGGCCCUGAUGGUUUCACCCCGCUUAUGAUCGCUGCCUGCAGCGGAGGAGGACUGGAGACCGGAAACAGCGAAGAGGAAGAGGACGCUUCGGCCAACAUGAUUUCCGACUUCAUCGGGCAGGGCGCCCAACUGCAUAACCAAACCGACCGCACCGGCGAGACGGCGCUUCACCUGGCCGCCCGAUACGCUCGUGCCGACGCAGCCAAGCGCCUCUUGGAGUCCAGUGCGGACGCCAACGUCCCGGACAACAUGGGCAGGACCCCUCUCCAUGCAGCGGUGGCCGCCGACGCUCAGGGUGUAUUCCAGAUUCUCAUUCGGAACCGAGCGACCGACUUAGACGCCCGAAUGUGCGACGGCACGACCCCUCUGAUCCUGGCCGCGCGUCUGGCCGUGGAAGGGAUGGUGGAGGAGUUAAUCAACGCUCACGCAGAUGUCAAUGCUGUCGAUGAAUUCGGGAAAUCUGCUUUGCAUUGGGCUGCGGCCGUGAAUAACGUCGAUGCUGCGGCCGUGCUCCUCAAGAGUAGUGCUAAUAAGGAUAUGCAGAACAACAAGGAAGAGACACCUCUGUUCUUGGCCGCGAGAGAAGGCAGCUACGAGACUGCCAAAGUCCUUCUGGACCACUACGCCAACCGCGACAUCACGGACCACAUGGACCGUCUGCCCCGCGACAUCGCCCAGGAACGCAUGCACCACGACAUCGUCCACUUGCUGGAUGAACACAACCUAGUGAAGAGCCCGACGCUGCACGGCGGCCCGUUGGGCGCCCCGACUUUAUCUCCUCCCAUCUGCUCCCCUAACGGUUACAUGGGGAACAUGAAGCCUUCCGUCCAGAGCAAGAAAGCCCGUAAGCCCAGCAUCAAGGGCAACGGCUGCAAAGAAGCGAAGGAGCUGAAAGCCAGGAGGAAAAAAUCUCAAGACGGAAAAACGAGUCUAUUGGAUUCGGGCAGCUCCGGGGUGUUGUCCCCGGUGGACUCGCUGGAGUCGCCCCACGGAUACUUAUCAGACGUGGCCUCUCCUCCGUUGAUGACAUCUCCGUUCCAGCAGUCCCCCUCCAUGCCUCUGAACCACCUGACCAGCAUGCAGGAUUCCCACCUCGGCCUGAAUCACAUGACCAUGGCCAACAAGCAGGAAAUGGCUUCCAACAGAAUGGCUUUCGACGGCAUGACGCCACGCCUGACCCAUCUCAACGUCUCCAGCCCCAAUACCAUCAUGACCAACGGGUCCAUGCAUUUUACCGUGGGAGGAGCUCCGGCGAUGAACGGCCAAUGCGACUGGUUUGCACGGCUGCAAAAUGGGAUGGUCCAGAACCAGUACAACCCAAUCAGAAAUGGCAUCCAACAAGGCAACGCCCAGCAAGCUCUUCAGCAUGGCCUUAUGAGCUCGCUCCAUAACGGUUUGCCGGCGACGACUCUGUCCCAGAUGAUGACCUAUCAGGCCAUGCCCAACACGAGGAUGGCCAAUCAGCCUCAUCUGAUGCAAGCCCAGCAAAUGCAACAGCAGCAGAACCUACAGUUGCACCAGAGCGUCCAGCAGCAGCAACAUCAAAAUUCCAACGCAACUUCUACUCAUAUCGGCUCCCCCUUUUGUAGCAAUGACAUAAGCCAGACGGACCUGCAACAAAUGUCGGGCAACAACAUUCAUUCUGUGAUGCCCCAGGACACUCAGAUAUUUACGAAUUCCCUGCCUCCCACUCUUACGCAGUCUAUGGCCACCACCCAGUUUUUAACCCCGCCUUCUCAGCAUAGUUACUCCUCCCCGAUGGACAACACGCCGAGCCAUCAACUACAAGUACCAGACCACCCAUUUUUGACGCCUUCUCCCGAGUCACCUGACCAGUGGUCAAGCUCCUCCCCUCAUUCGAACAUGUCUGAUUGGUCGGAAGGAAUAUCAAGCCCGCCCACGAGUAUGCAGCCUCAGCGCACCCACAUACCCGAAGCUUUCAAAUAAAAGAAAAAUGUCAAAUAUUUGCUUUUGAAAUUUUAAAGACACUGAGAGACUUUUUAAGAGACUGAAGGAAAUUUUUAUACCGUUUUUAUACGUAAAAUAACAGAACUUUUGAAUUUUCUAGUAUUUAUUUAUAUACGUUUGACCUAAAACACUGCCCUUUUAUUUAUAAGCUUUUUUUUUAAAAAAAAAUGUAACUUUUUUUUUUUAUCUUGCCUUAAUAGAUAUUUUUUUUGUACAAAUUUUAUGAAAUUGUUCCUGAUAUUGAAAAUGACAAUGUAUUUAUUUUCUAUUGCCCCUAAAUAAUAUGCAGGAACGAACCACUGGAAUGUUUAUUUAGCAGAAGAACAAAAAAAAUUAGAAAUUUUUAAGAUUUUCUAUAAAAUGACAUCUUGUUCCGUUCCGGGAUUUCAUUUAUAGCACUAAAAACUAUUUUUUUUCCCAGUAUUAAUGUUAAAUCAUGUUUAAAAUAUUUCAACGUUUUUUUCAAAAUGUUUUUAAAUUUGACUUAAAAUUUUAAAAACAUGUAACCGUUUUUAAAUUUGAUUGAAAAUUUUCAAAACGCUUAACCGUUUAUUAAAAAAUGUCCAAUCAAAUUUAAAAACGGUGAAACAUGUUUAAAAUUUUAAAUCACGUGUCAUUUUUUUUUGUUUCCCGGAAACUUUUUUUUUUUUUGUUAUUUCACCUGGAAAUUGGACAAAAGGCGUGAAAAGAUGCUCCGAGUGCCUCCCGCUAUCUAGGAGGCACAAAAUAGAACUUUUUAAGUGAAAAAAAACGUUUUUAAGCUACAAGACGAAAGUGCAAAAUACAGGGGGACGUACGUUUGGGUCUGACGCAUUCUCAACAGGGAUAAAAUCCUGAAAAAAAAGACUAUCACCUGUGACAACAACAUUUUUGUAAGAAAAAAAA